CUCUCUUUCGGUUAUCUGUAUGUGUGUGAAAUAACUGAAAGAUGUUACCAAUGGCGAUUCAACCAAACCUAAAUGUUUCUCUGAAGCCCAUAGCGUUCCCAUGCCAGAACUUCUUGGAGAAAGCCUCAAUCUUUGCAAGGCCGCAAUCACUCUCGCUCUCCCGGCUCAAACCACUGAAUCUCCAGAGUCACAGUCACAGCACUAGAAUCCUCAAACUAUCGGCCACAGCCGCCGCUGAAGCAGCAGCACCAGUCACUGAAGACACUCUCACAGAUGAUAAUUCCGCCUCCGAAUCCCCUCCGGAUAAGGAGAAGCUUGGGGUGGUUGUGAAGCCGGUGGAGAAACCGCGGCUUGUAUUGAAGUUUAUUUGGAUGGAGAAGAACAUUGGAAUUGGACUCGACCAGUUGAUACCCGGACAUGGCACCAUCCCGCUGAGUCCCUACUACUUUUGGCCGAGGAAAGAUGCUUGGGAGGAGCUCAAGGUGUUACUUGAAAGCAAGCCCUGGAUAUCUCAAAAGCAGAUCAUCAUUCUUCUCAAUCAGGCUACGGACAUCAUCAAUUUAUGGCAGCAGAGCGGUGGCAAUCUGGCGUAAGCUUUCAAUGUAAAUUUCUUGUGGAUCUUCAACAUAUUAUGUAAUAUAUUUUGAUUCCUCAUGAAUGUUAGGCUUUUGCUGUUGUAACUUCUGUGUUAGAGUUAUUUUCGAACUACUUAUAUGCUUCUUGCUAAAUUAAAUGGAACUGGGUUUCAAUUAGUCA